AUGCUAGGUGUCUUUGUCCUGAUGAUUGCUGUGCCGGCUGUUGCUACGGAGAGAGCCAGUGCCAAGUUCGUCUUCACCAAUUUCAACACCGACAACAGCGCUGGAAUACACAGCCAUCUCUACAUCUUUCUCCUGGGGCUCCUCAUGAGCCAGUACACGCUCUUAGGAUACGACGCGUCGGCGCAUAUGACGGAGGAGACCAAGAACGCAGACAAGAACGGCCCGAUCGGGAUCAUCAGCGCCAUCGGCAUAUCGAUAGUGGUCGGCUGGGGAUACAUACUCGGCGUCACCUUCGCCGUCAAGGACAUACCCUCCCUGCUGAGCCCUGACAAUGAAGUGUCGAGUAGUCCCCCAAGUUAUUUCUCUUACAACGCCAUCGCCCAGGUCUUCUGCCAGGCCUUCAAGAGCCGCUAUGGCAGCGGCGUCGGUGGGAUCGUCUGCCUGGGGAUCGUCGCCGUCGCCAUUUACUUCUGCGGCAUGAGUUCCGUCACAACUUUCUCGAGAGACGGCGCGAUGCCGCUGUCAUCCGUGUGGCACAAAGUGAACAAGCACGAGGUGCCCAUGAACGCCGUCUGGCUCUCGGCUUUCGUCUCCCUCUGCAUGGCGUUGCCGUCGCUGGGAAGUCUGGUGGCGUUCCAGGCCAUGGUGUCGAUCGCCACGAUCGGGCUCUACAUCGCGUAUGCGCUGCCCAUCUUCUUCCGGGUGACGCUGGUGCGGAAGCACUUCGUGCCGGGACCCUUCAACCUCAGGCGCUACAGCGUGCUGGUGGGGUGGGUGGCCGUGCUCUGGGUGGUCACCAUCACCGUGCUCUUCUCGCUGCCGGUGAUGUACCCGGUGACCAGGGACACGCUCAACUACACGCCGGUCGCCGUCGGUGGGCUCUUCAUCCUCGUCCUGACGUCGUGGGUCGUGAGUGCCAGGCACUGGUUCAAGGGACCCGUCACUAAUUUGAGCUAG